AAGACCUACCACGGCUCAUGCCACUGCAAAGCAAUCCGCUUCACGGCCACCUUGCCCGAACCCUUACAUCCUGAGGGAACGGGCAAGGUGCUACGGUGUAAUUGCUCGAUUUGCACGAAGAAUGGCUAUUUCCUCGUCUACCCUCUCCGGCACGACGUAAUCUUCGAACCUGGCUGCGAAGAGAAGAUGAAGGCGUAUUUGAUGGGCCUCAAAACCAAGCCCCACCGAUUCUGUUCGGAAUGCAGCAGUUCGAUACUCAUCGACUUUGAAAAGUCGACAUUUGAGAAGGAGAGGAAGUUUUUGGCUGUGAAU